AGAUGAUAGUUAUGCUUCUUUAAAAUAUCAAAAAUCAAAAAAGUAAAAUAAAUAAACUGUGAAUGAAGCAUUCAACAUCUUUUUCAAGGCCAAUUGCUGCAGUGGUUAGCAAUGCUGCAUCACACAGCCAGUGUCCUGGGUUCAAAUUGCAGCUUGCUUACUGACUAUCUGUAGCUUGUACAUUCUCCCUGUGACUGUGUAGCAUAGUGGCUCAGUGGUUAGUGCUAUUGUUUAAUGAAGCCAGUAUCAAAUUUUAGCUUCUUUCUGUCUAUGUAGAGUUUGCACAUUCUGCCCGUGCCUCCCCAUUUGUAGGUUUUCAUAUGGUUUGUUACAUUUUUUCCCAUACUGUCAACGAUAUCUAUUUUAGGCUAACUGAAAUGGGGAAAUGUCUGUGAGUAGGAUUUGUUAUUGACCUUGUAGUGAGGCAGAAAUGGACACAGCCCACUGUGAAAACAACAUGCCUUUGCAGUCAGAAGCCCCAGUAGUCACUACAGAGAGCAGGGAUGUUGGUGCUUCACACUUUAAACAGAGUAUCCCAAGUGAAGAUAUAGGUUUACCCGUGCACAUUUCUUACCGCGGACAUUUGAAGGCUUAUCCAGCAUUUGCUCUGGUGGGGAUGAGUGAGAGUAGUGAGGUAGAAAUGGAGAGAUCUUGCUAUAUAAUGAAGACACUCUCACAGAUGCCCAGUCAGUCACUAGUUUUUAUUUCACUUACCUGACAAACUGUACUCUAAAUCCAGCAGCCAGCAUUCACUUUCAACAGUUUUGAGCGAAGAUGCACUAUGAAGAGUGGCCUCACUCAGCUAAAAGCCUUUCACCGACAAAAGUCACAAAGCAUUAAACAAUAAAAUAGAAAAUAAAAUUAAAUAUUCAAACAAUAUAAAGUUUGAGGAUAAUAUAAAAUUCAGCCACAGACAUCAAAACUACUCAAAAGCCUGUCUGAACAGACGCAUCUUAAGUUGUCUCCUGAACAGUUCAGUAGAUUCUGCUGAUCUCAACGUCUGUGGAAGACUGUUCCACACCCUUGGAGCAGUGGACUGGAAUACGUGCUCCCCAUGUGUCUUUAGUCCAAUAUGAAGAACCAAAAGGAGAUCUAACUGAGCAGAUCUCAAAGCGUGGCCCCAAGUGUAAUGCUGAAGAAGGUUCAUGAAAUAUUAAAGAGCUUGACCAUGCAGAGUCCUGUGAGUACCAGAAUUUUGAACUGGAUCCUAAAUUCCACUGGGAUCCAAUGUGAGAACAAUAAAAAUGGGGAGAUGUGAAGCAAUUUGUGUGAACUUGUUAAAAGCCUAGCAGCUACAUUUUUUCGACAGAAUGAAGACAAGGCAAACCAGCUUUACUCCGAGAGUAAAAUGAGAUGAAAUGAAAGCAUGGAGAAGCAUGUCCCACUCAACUCUUGUAACUACAGAUCACAGCUUGGAUACGAUUCUUAAAUGAAAAAAGUAAGAGCGAAUGAGACACCGGACAUAAGUAUCAUCAACACUCAGAGAUUGAUCAGAUAUGACACCUAAAUUAUGUAAGUUUGCAUGAGAAGAAGUAGAAAUGGUAGAAAGUUUUUGAAUAAUUAUCAGGGGCAGAUCAUGGGGGGUAAAACUUCAAACCUCAGUUUUCUGGGUUUUUAACCUUAAAUAUUUGGCUAGUAGCCAGUUACUGACCCCCUUCAGACAGUCAACCAAAGAAGACAACUUUUGUAGUUUUGACAACUUAAAAGAACAAAAAAGCUGAAUAUCAUCAACAUUAAAAUGGUAGGAGAAACAGAAGAGAAAGAAAGAAUUCAUAAUUUGAGCUUGAGGAAGAAUAUACAGUACAAUAAAAACAAGAUAAUCUGUGGAAAGAUCCUUGGAACACCCUACAACUCAAAAAGCCAGGAGCUAAAGUAGACUCCAGAAUCCACAUUGACGGAGAAACUCUUAUAUACGAUAAAUAUGAGGUAAACCAAGCCAUUGUUUUGUGAUACCCACUGAGUGGUUUAACCUUGUUAAGAGGGUCAAGAGAAAUAUAUUCACCAGUGCCAGACUGGCACCAUGUCCAGGGUUUUUACUGCCUUGCCUCUGCAGGCCCCAGCGUUAGAAUAAGUUGGUCUAAAAAUCAAUGACUGUAUAUAUGUAGAGUAUAUAGUAUGUAUGUACACACAUUAUGUGUACUCAUGUUUGUCAACCUUGAGUGAUAUUCUAUGAUGACUACUCAAUUAUUGAUGUCCUGUAGCUGACUGGCACUAUACCCAGUUUUGUUUCCUGCUUUGUAUCCUGUGAAUUUGAGUAAGUGGCCUUAAGGAUGUUUGUAUGGAUGUAUGUACAGCAUAUAUCAUUUUUUGAGCUUGUCAGGAGCACCAUUAUUUCUCUGCCUGGUGCUCAUGUCAAAUGUGGACAGGAAACCAGCCAUUUAUUUCCAGAGAAUAACCUCCUGCAUUCCUUGUCAAACACUCCAAUGAAAUACAAGGGACAUGAAAGGUCAUAGAAGCUAAACAGAAGAGGAGAUAGGCUAUAUUUCCUAUAAAUCUUGAUUCAUCCUGGCUGUAUAUCAUUAUGAAAUAAACCAACAACUAAUUUUUCACCUCAUUUCCUCUCACUUCAUGUUGCAUGUUUUUAUUGUAGUGGGCUCAGAAUCCUACCCACUAGCAAUUUUGCUAAAGACAGAAAUGAGUUCAGUAGAACAUGUUCUAGUUUCAUUAGAAAUUACAGUCUGGCUUCUUUUUCCGUUGCUCACCUGUUUUAGUUAAGUGUUCACCACCACAUUUUCUCGAUAUGUAAGCCUGAGUGGUACAGACUUAGAUUUGUAAAUCUCAAGUCAUAUGAAAAAAGUGCAUUUCUGGGGUUGUCUAUACUUAGACAAGUCUGCAGUAAUGGGACAUUUUUUUAAGAAUUUGAAAUCUGAUGAAAGGCUAAUUAAUUUUAAUUAUUACUAAUUAAAAAUCACCCAAUGCCUCAUUGCACAUUCAUUUUAUGAACACAAUUCAGGGUUGUGUGGAGCCAUAGCCAGUAGCACUGGGCAGAUAGUAACUGACCAUGAAGCAUCAAUUUGUUGGGAGGAACAAUCACACAUACCAACUGUCUUUAUAUAGAAUCACUAAUCCACCUAACCUGCUCAAGUUUAAGGUGCUGGGUAAAAUCCAAAGUUCCCAUAUGGACACAGGAAAACAUGCUAACACCACACCAACAGUGAACAGACCGAGAUCUGAAGCUGCUCUUCUAGGGCUGAGUUAAAAACAGUUCCAUGAUGCCACCCCUAUCGUAAAUCAUCCUUUCAAAAUUAAAUAUUAAUUAUACAGUGCUUGAAAAGAAGCAUGAUCUAGAAAGAACUGCAAGUUUUCAGUAAUCAUCCUGAACCAGGACAAGCAAGGAGUCUUAAAAUAUGACUGUGUUCUUUAUAAAAAAAAUUGCAUGUGCAAAAAAAAAAAAAAGAAAGAAUUGUAUUAAUAUGUAGUAUUAGGUUUAGUGAAUCAUUCAACACAAAGUGAAAGAGGGCAAGGAUGUAGGAGACUCCCUGCUGUGGAUUUUGGAAUGACAACACGGGGGAGAUGGGGAUUUGGAUUGGAAAUCCAUUUUGGAUGUGACUUUUCUGGGACUUCAAGCCAGACAUAACUUUUAACUCUUGACAAAAUUUAUGGUAUUAUCUUGAAGGAACAAAUACAUUAUUGGUGUUGUUAUGCUUUUUCAAUGCACAGAACAAGAACAAGGAGGAAACGUCUCGGUGAAAAAUGAGCAGCCAUGAGGGAAUGCUUGUGAAGCAGACAAAUGAGUAGCUCAGCUCAAUAAGUUAAAGGAAGUUUCGUCAAGUCAGAAAAUUAUGUCUGAUCUCCUUCAGGACAGAAUGCUGACAUCACUACAAUGAGCAUGGGAAAGAUCAGAAUGAGAUCCCGCAGCAAUGGUAUAGAAGGAUCUUCCAGUAGACAACCAGUGAAUGGCUCAUCAGAGGAGGAUCAACCUUCAAAAAAUUGCAGAAAAUCCCAGGUGCUGAAAGAAGGAGAGGAAACAAUCUCCAGGACCAUGAAAAGCCAUCUUAAAAAUCCAGAGAGCACGGAACGCAAACCUAAACUGUUGGAGCUUUCCAAAGAUGACCUUCUUUGUCUCUUGGGCGUAAUGGAAGGAGAGCUUCAGGCUCGAGAGGAUAUCAUUCACAUGCUGAAGACAGAGAGGACCAAGCCCGAAGUGUUAGAAGCUCACUAUGGUUUUGCAACUCCAGACAAGGCACUUCGCGCCUUACAAAGAGAUGCCCUUGUCACAAAAUCCACUUCAAUUGGGAUGGAUGUAUAUGAAAAACCAAUGGCCGAGCUUGACAGACUGGAGGAGAAGCAAAAAGAGACCUACAGGCGCAUGUUGGAGCAGCUGCUGCUGGCAGAGAAAUGCCACCGUCGCACAGUGAAUGACCUUGAAAGUGAGAAACGCAAGCACGCCGACUACAUGAACAAGAGUGAUGACUUCACAAACCUCUUGGAACAAGAGAGGGAGAGAUUAAAACGACUACUGGAGCAGGAGAAAGCCUAUCAAACUAAAAAAGAAAAAGAGCACAGCAAGAGACUCAACAAACUGAGAGAUGAGCUUGUAAAGCUUAAGUCAUUUGCACUGAUGCUGGUGGAUGAAAGGCAGAUACACAUUGAACAGAUUGAUCAGCAAAGUCAAAAACUGCAAGACUUAAGUCAAAAGCUUCAAGAAAAGGAGCAGAAGGUAAAAUCCAUUAAUAGUAAAACUAAAGAGGACUCCCAGAAGAUACUGAAGCUUGAAACUGAGCUGGAACACAAAGCACAGAAAUAUUUGCAGGAGCAUGAGGAUAUGACCACUAAGCUAGCCAAUCAGGAAGCCCAAUACCGGCAAAUGAGGCUAAAGCUUGCUAGUUUGACACGCAAGAUUGAAGAACUUGAGGAGACAAACAAGGUACUUCAAAAGGCAGAGGAAGAGUUGCAAGAUCUUCGAGACAAGAUAAGUAAAGGAGAAUGUGGGAACUCCAGUCUUAUGGCAGAGGUAGAGAAUCUUCGCAAGCGGGUAUUGGAGAUGGAAGGCAAAGAUGAAGAGAUAACCAAAACAGAAUCACAGUGCAAAGAGUUAAGGAAGAAACUUCAAAAUGAAGAAAGCCACAGUAAAGAGCUAAAGCUUGAAGUUGAAAAGCUGCAUAAGAGAAUGGCAGAACUCGAAAAGCUGGAAGUAGCAUUUAAUGUUAGUAAAUCUGAAUGUUCCCAGCUGCAUUCUAGCUUGGAAAAAGAAAAGAACUUAACCAGGGAUCUGAUUAAUGAACUGGAAGUAGUGAAGGCACGAGUAAAAGAGCUAGAGUCUACAGAGACGAGGUUGGAAAAGACUGAAAUGAGCUUAAAAGAUGACCUAACGAAGUUGAAGUCUUUCACAGUAAUGUUAGUGGAUGAAAGAAAAAACAUGGCUGAAAAAAUUAAGCAUGAAGAGCAAAAGACAGAAGAUCUCAACCAAAUGUUCAAGAUGGAACAGAGUAAAGUCAUGGAGGUGACAGAAAAACUUAUAGAAGAAAGUAAGAGGCUGCUGAAAUUAAAGUCAGAGAUGGAAGCAAAAAUGUCUACCCUGACAAAAGAGAAAGAUGAGCUCAGGAUGAGAUUAAAGGAAGAAGACGAAACAUCAAAGGACCUAAACUCAAAACUUGUGCUUAUGCAGAAAAGACUUGAACUUUUAGAAGAAUCUGAAAGAGAGUCAUCCAGAAACAGGGCUAAGAAAGUGCUGGAAGUGUCUGGACUAGAAGAUAACAAGGUGAAGGAAUUAACACUUGAAAUUGAUAGACUGAAAAAUCGCCUCAAGCAGCUAGAGGUUGUUGAAGGUGAUCUGAUGAAAACAGAGGAUGAAUAUGAUUUGCUGGAGAAAAAAUUUAGGACUGAGCAGGAUAAAGCCAAUCUCUUGUCUCAACAACUAGAAGAGAUGAAAACCCAGAUUGCACGUAACAAGGCAAUAGAAAAAGGAGAGGUGGUGAGCCAAGAGACUGAAUUACUGCAACGGUACAAAAUGGAGGAGGCAAAAACCAGAGAUCUGAAGGCUGAUGUUCAGGCAUUGAAGGAAAAGAUUCAUGAACUCAUGAACAAGGAAGAUCAGCUGUCACAGUUGCAAGUAGACUAUUCUGUCCUUCAGCAGAGGUUUAUAGAAGAAGAAAACAAAAAUAAAACUAUGAGUCUGGAGGUUCUAAAUUUGUCCAAAGAGUUAGAGAUUACCAAACGCUAUAGUCGAGCACUGAGGCCAAGCAUGAAUGGCCGAAGAAUGUUGGAAGUUCCAGUUACCUCAACAGGUGUACAAACUGAAACAGUCCUCAAUGAAACUGCUGAUGAUGACACACCUGCUGUGUUUAUCAGGAAAUCUGUUCAGGAAGAGAAUCACAUAAUGAAUAACCUGCGUCAAAGAGGGCUCAAAAAACCAAUGGAAAGGCCAGCCGUUCUCGACCGGUACCCUCCUGCUGCAAGUGAGCUCAGCAUGAGGAAAUCAUGGAUUCCUUGGAUGAAGAAGAAGGAAUCUGUUCUUUCAUGUGGUGCAGAAAAAUCAAUUCAAACCAAUGGGACUUCAGCCAGACCUGAAGUUGUGGUUUCGCAAAAACAGGGACAGCCAUUACAUAUCCGAGUCACUCCUGAUCAUGGAAACAGCACUGCCACUCUUGAGAUAACUAGUCCAACAUCAGAGGAUUUCUUCUCAAGCACCACUGUCAUCCCAACCUUAGGGCUUCAGAAACCACGCAUCACAAUUAUUCCUACGCCCACUGUUACUUCCCCAAAAAGCAAGGUAGUAGAGAGCCCCAGCUCAGGUGAGCGUGCUAUGUCUCCUGUUACUAUUACUGCUAUUUCUAGAGCUAAGUCUCCAGAAAGAGGAAGGACAUCUUUUGCGGAUCGACCUUUAUCUCCAAUCCAAAUAAUGACAGUCAGCACGUCAGCAGCUCCUGAUAUAUCGGUAUCACCUGAACCUCAGGAAAUGACUAUGGGAAGAGCUGUUUUUAAAGUUACUCCAGAGAAACAGACAGUUCCAACACCAAUCAGAAAAUACAACUCAAAUGCAAACAUUAUUACCACAGAGGACAACAAAAUUCACAUUCAUCUGGGGCCCCAGUUCAAGAGGUCUUCCAUGUCAUCACCAGAAGGUAUUAACUCGACAAUCACCGUGAGACCACUGACCUUAGCAACUGAAAACAAGGAAGUGACGACAGGCACUGUCCUACGCUCACCUCAUCAUUCUAGUACUUCUAAGACGACGCCUAAUAAAGUAAUGAGCAGCAUCACUAUCACACCAAUCACUACAGCCUCUACAAGAACUACACAGUCAGUGCCAGGGCAGGAUGGGCCAUCGGCUCGCCCCGCACCCACACGCAUCCCUAUGUCAAAAGGUAUGAAAGCAGGGAAACCAGUGAUGGGAGCAGCAAAUGUGACAAAAUUAGAGUCCCGUGCCGAGAGCCAGUCAAUGAAAAUUGAACUGAAGAAGUCUCCAGUCAGCAGCUCUACGCCUCUAGCUGGAGGAAAGGGCUGAGGGCAGGAGCCUGUGGAGGGGUAUGUGCAGGUUUUACUGCUACAAUGGAAAAAAACCCUCAGAAUCCCUUCCCCGUUUAUUACUGUAAAGAAUGUAACUAAUUCUAAAAAUAAACCCAUUUUUAA